CCGUUUUCGUCUUGUUUCACUCUUGAGCAAAAAAAAAAAAAAGGCGACGACUCCCUCCUACACCUACGACGACCUCCUCUUCCACGCUCGUUUCGAAUCCGCUUCAGCACUUUCGCAGCCGCUCUUCUCGAUACGCACCCCGUUGCGCCCCUCGUUUGAUCCAGGCUACAACAUCACACAUAUCGAUCCUGAUAUAUAAUACCUCGACAGCCAACCAUGCGGGCCUCCAACCUCCUCUCGACGCUGGCAGCAGUCGCUGUCCUGGCCACUCCCAUCCUGGCCCAGAACAACAAGGCCAACAACAACAACAACAAGUCCGAAACCACCACCACCACCAACAAGCCCACGUCCACGUCCACGCCCACGCCUACGUCCUCAAAGACAACAUCACCCAGCAGCGCCGGGAGCAUCGCCAGCACCGACGACGACUCAGGCCCGACCGGCCUCCCGACCCUGACCCGCGGCGGCGCCGUCCCGACAUAUCCUCCGCCAACCGUGCCGCCGACCAAGAACGCGCCCUUCAUGCAGCACUCCAACGCCCCCGACGGCACCGUCUUCAUCGCCGUGGGCGCCAUCCUCGGCGCCUUUGGCCUCGGCGUCCUGCUCUGGCGCAUCAUCGUCAGCUUCCUGCUGCACCGCUCCGUCCGCCGCGCCGCCCUCGCCCAGCACGAGGCCAACAGCAAGGCCGGCUUCCCGGCGCCUCCCGCCCCCUUCUACAAGUACUCGGACCAGGCCUCGCCCGCGCCUCCUCCCGCCGGCGGCGGCGGCGGCGGCCGCGGCACCCGCCGCACCAACCGCAACACCAUGACGCCCUCCGCCGCCCCCAGCCAGUCCAACCUCUUCUUCUCGCCCACCGCCGCAGGGUCCAACGUCCCCGGCGGCCGCGGCUCGACCUUUUUGCCCUCGGGCUUCUACGCGGCCGGCAACUCGUCGCCCGGCGGCGGCGGCCAGCAGGGCCCUUCCAUCAGCCUCACGAACCUGCGCCCGGACUCGAUGAGCUACCCCAACGGCUCCAGGGGCUCGCUCAUGGGGCCCUCGCCCCCGGACUCGCCUCACUUCUCGCCCCGCAGGGACAUGAGCAGCAGCUCCGUCAACCUCAACUCCCGUCAGCCGGGCCAGCGGGCUCCCAGUGCUUACCUCGAGGACUUGCUCGCCGACGAGCCCGGAAGCCUUCCUCCGCCCCAGAUGCCGCCCAGCUCUGGUCCGAGGGGCAGUGGUAGUCCUCGCCAGCGGUAUUAGCCCUGGAUCUCUGUUUGGGAAGAAAAAAUGUCUUCUUAAUAAUUUUGUCUUUGGUGGGCGCGUAUCUUUGUCCUUUCUACUCUUGUUCUUAAUUAUCCAAAGAACACUUUUUCUGUGAUUCUUUCCAAAGAUAUGGGGUGUUCUUUUAUUGGCGUCAAAUGAUGAGCAGUGUAUGAAUCUUACUUU